AUGGCGGCCAAGGAUUCCAGCUCCGACAAGAGCGACUCAACGUACCAGGUGCUCGCUUCUCCUGUUGUGAAGAAUGACCCGUGCGCCGUGCCGUGGAGCCACCGGCCGCACCCUUUCGUCACGUCAAACUGGCUAAGCCAAGCGCUACUGCUUUGGCUUGAUCCACUUGUCUUGAAAGGAGCCAAGACGCCGCUCACGGAGGACGACGUUUGGCAGCUGGCGCCCGCUGACACUGCCGCACACCUUCAAGCGAGGUUCCAAGUUGCAUGGGCCGUGGAAAUCAAGACCGCGUCGCCAUCGUUUCUCCGCGCGCUCGUGCGAACGUUUCGUCGUGAGAUUGGUAUCGUGAUGGGACUGUACACGCUCAGCUGCGCGCUGAUCCUCGCGCAGCCGAUCGUGAUCAAGUCCCUUCUCCAGUUCCUCGCGAAUCCGUCGUCUGCCGCUCCGGCCGUGACCGACCUUGGCACCUCGAAUGGAUACAACCUGGCCACACUCUUGACAGGGAUGUCGUUUGUCUCCGUGACCCUCAUGGAUCUCGGGAUGGUGUUUGCAGGAAGGCUCGGGUGCAAUGCCAAGGCCAUCGUGAUGGACUUGGUCUUUCUCAAAACUCUGUCGGGCGAGGCGAAGCCGACGUCGUCUGGCGACUUGGCCACAUUGGCAUCAGUCGACUCGACGGGCCUCUUUAUGUGUGGCCUUUGGUUCAUGUGGACGGCGUUGUCGCCGCUGAUGGUGCUCGCGAUCUUCGUCAUGAUUGGCUUUGACCUGGGCGCGUGGCCCGCCGUCGUAGGCGGCGUCGUCAUGCUCGCACUCAUGGCGUUUGGUAUCUCGGAAGGCAGAGCAGUGGGAGCGAUACAAAAGGAUGCGCUGGUUGUUCAAGGCGAACGUGUCAAGUUCACCAACCAACUUCUCCACGGCGUUCGGACGGUCAAAAUGUACGGCUGGGAAGCGCCGUUGCAAGCUCACGUCGACGCCAUUCGAGCCACGGAACUCAAGUUGCUCAAGUCGUACCAUAUCCGCCGCCAAGUGUCGUCGAUUGUGCUCUUGGUGGCGCCUGUCAUGUCGCUCGCCCUCUGCCUCGUUGUGUUUGUAGCCCAAGGGCACAAGUUGACGCCGCCACUGGUUUUCGCCACGCUUGCCUUCAUGAAUGCUGCUCGAACUCCGUGCAGUUCGUUCUCGUUUUCAAUCAUGAAUCUGUUCGGCGCGAUCAACUCAUGCCACCGCGUCGAUGCCUUUUUAGCAGCCGACGCUGUGCCGUCCAAGCCACCGUCUCAGACAUUCUCCCACGAUUCAAAUGUCGUCAUGCUGGACGCCGCCUCGUUUGACGUGCUCGCUUCUGCUCCUGCUGGCCACAGAGUGCUCAACAACAUCAGCGUUGUGGUGCCAUCCACGCCGUCGUUGACGAUCGUUGUCGGGUCGGUCGGAAGCGGCAAGUCGUCGCUGCUCACUGCCAUCCUCGGCGAGCUUGUCCUGGUCUCGGGAACGUCAUCUGUGACGUCGCGCAUCGCGUACGCCAGCCAAGAUCCGUGGCUCCAACUCACCACCGUUCGCGAAAAUAUUGUGUUUUCCACCAGAGCAGGCAAGCAAGCUCCAGUUGACGAGGACCGAUAUGCCAGGGUCCUGUCAGCGUGCCAGCUCGAGUCCGACUUGGCCGCGCUGCCUGACAGAGAUUUGACUGAGAUCGGGUCCCGCGGCGUCACGUUGAGCGGCGGCCAGAAGGCCCGCGUCGGCCUCGCUCGCGCGGCUUACAAGAAGGCUGACGUGUAUCUGCUGGACGACCCGCUCAGCGCGCUUGACGUGCAUGUAGCCACCAACGUGUUCAAAGACUGCAUUCAAGCGCUCUUGAGCCAGUCUAGUCCCGUCGUGCUCGUGGUAAACAGCCACUACCACCUCCUUCCAUUGGCAGAUCGCGUGCUCGUGAUGGAGAACGGAUCGAUCGUCGGCGAUGGCAAGCUCGCGUCCCUUGCAAUGGCAUUUCCGCAUCUCGUGGCAUUCUCGACAAGCUCCGCUUUGAAUGCAGACGCCACGACCGCGCCAUCAUCCGCUUCGCUCACCAUGGACUCGACGUCGCCGUUGGCGGCAUCGGCGGCCUUGAUUGUACCCGAGGAGCGCAACGUCGGCCGGGUGACGACCCAAACCUACACAACUUACUUUUCCGCGUCCGGGUGGAAUGGCGUGGGUGUCGCUAUCAGUGUCAUUGGAUUUUUUGUCGUCGCGCAGGCAUGCCUUGUUCUCAUGGACUGGUUCGUCGGGCUAUGGGCCGCGGCGCCAUCGCCGCCCAAUGCCACGUAUGCCGGCAUGUACAUCGCCCUCGCCGUGCUUGUGCUGGCCCUUGUCGUCGGGCGUAGCCUGUACGUGCUGCAUUUCAUCCUCCUCUGCUCCAAACACCUCCACUCGACCAUCCUCCACAACGUCUUGCACGCGCGUCUCCAUUCGUUCUUUGACGUGACCCCCGUCGGCCGCAUCCUGAAUCGGUUCUCGGCCGACCUGUCGACCGUCGACAACAUGGUGCCGAUGCUGGGGCUGCACAUCUUGGGCUUGCUUGUUCAAAUCCUCGCGUCGCUCGUGGUGUGCGCCGCCACGUCGCCGUACGUCCUGCUCGUGUACGUGCCGCUUGGGUGGGUCUUUGCGAAAAUUCGCGCGAUUUACAGUGCUACGUCCACACAGCUCAAACGGAUGGACGGGACGUCGCGGUCGCCCGUGCUCACCCUGCUCACCGAGACCGUCGACGGGGCCAGCACCAUUCGCGCCUUCGAUGCCACCGCCGCAUUCCAGGACAACGCCCGCGCGGCCAUCGACUUCAACCAGCGGUUCGACUUGACCCAUUUCAUUUCGACCAAGUGGUUUCAAAUGCGCCUCGACUGGGUGUCCGUCAUCGUCGUUGGUGCCGUUGCCUUCCUUGCGGUUGCGACCAAGGACUCGGUCACGGCUGUCGGCCUCGCGCUCACGUAUGCCGUCCAGCUCACGAUUGUGUUGUCCCGCACCACGAUGGAGUAUACGUACUUGGACGACGUCAUGACGAGUGCCGAGCGAUUGGAUCACUACACGCACCUCGACCACGAAGGGGCGUCGCUGACGAGAGGUACCGCCAUCCCAGACAAAGAGCAUGAAGCGUGGCCGCAGCACGGCGCGAUCACGUUUGCAAACUACUCGAUGCGGUACCGCGACGGGCUCCCGUUGUCGUUGAACGGCGUCAGCUUUAGCGUUCGGGGUGGGGAAAAGGUCGGGAUCUGCGGGCGCACGGGGGGCGGCAAGAGUUCGCUCGUCGCGGCGCUGUUUCGUACGGUGGACGCGGCGACCGGCAGCAUCUUGAUGGACGGCGUCGACAUUGCCGCGGUGCCGUUGGCGACGCUGCGAUCGAAACUCACGAUCAUUCCUCAGGACCCUGUCCUCUUUAGCGGGUCGCUGCGAUUCAAUUUGGACCCGACCGAGUCGGCGACGGACGCCGACUUGUGGCGGGUCGUGCGCGACGCGCACUUGACCGACGUUGUCCACAGCCUCGACUUUGACGUGGCGGAAAACGGAAGCAACUUGUCUGUGGGCCAGAGGCAGUUGGUGUGCAUCGCGCGCGCGUUGCUGCGCAAGUCCAAGGUGGUGGUGCUGGACGAAGCAACGGCCAACAUCGACGUCGACACGGACCGGCUGAUCCAAGACUCGCUCCGGGGGACGUUUGCCACGGACGUGACCAAGCUCGUGAUUGCCCACCGCCUCGACACGAUCCUCGACAGCGAUCGCAUCCUCGUGCUCCACGACGGGUCCGUCGCCGCCUUUGACACGCCGCACGCCCUUGUCGCGAUGGACCGCGGCGUGUUUGCGUCGCUCAAACUCUGACACAAACUACUCGACGAAUACGUUGAAAACGAUUACAGUGUUUCGUGGCGCGAGUCCAAAAACAGCUUGUACACUGGAUUGUCUUGCUCGUCGAACCAGUCGUAGCCGACGCCGUCGAGGAACUCGUCGAACGCGUCGUCGUCUGCCGGCGCAACUUGCAUCCCGACAAGGACCCGGCCGUAGUCGGCGCCGUGGUUGCGGUAGUGGAAUAAACUAAUGUUCCAGUUGUGGUCACCCA